AUGUCAGGUCUGGCUACUGGGACCGUGAACCAGUCAAUCGACUACCUGGUCACAAACAAAGUCUGCGAGCUCCUGGACGAAAUUGCAGACCCCGAUGUGACGGGGUGGGGGGUUGUUGCUUCGUUCAUGAUCUCUUUCGGCCUCACCUAUGUGGCCAUCAUAUUGGCAUACAUCUUCAGACUGCUCCCCGACUCUCGAUACAACUCGAUCGACCUGGACGCUUCCCAGAAUCUCUCGCCCCUGCGAUCGGAUUCCUUUCCCUUGAGGCUGCCUGAAUGGCAUAACACUCAGGGUUCUCGAAAAGAGACCAGAAUCAAGAGGGUUCGGGCUUUUGAAUCCUUCAUCCUAGCGAUGAGUGACCAGCAGCUCAUCACGGGAGUGGCCCUCAUCAUCGUCACCACGUACAUGACGUUCAGCGAGCUCAGCGAGUCCUUCUCCGUCUAUUCGUUCCAGGUUGCCACGAGGCUCGGCUACUGCUCCUGCAUCGUACACCUAUGCACCAUUUCCCUUCUGCGGGAGCAUUUCGAUGCCAACAAACGGCUGAGGGACUUUCGAGUCAUCUUGGUGUCUGUUUUCCUCGUUCUUUUGGCCGUGUGCAUGGUCAUCUCCGACUCGGUCACGUUCCGAUUCAACCGCCGCAUCUCGGUCAAAUGCGCGAGAGAAAACCUGAAGCUGGUCGAUCCGGAGAGGCCUCGUUACGUCAAAUACUCUGACGAACUGAUCCUGGUUUCCAACCUGGUGGUGCUCAUUCUCGUCCUUCUGCUGGGUUACUUGAGACGUUUUCUCGAACUGUACUACCCGCUGGCCCGCCACGACUCUAACUACUGGACGGCGCUGUCGCUGCGUCCAAUUUUCGGCCAGGCCGUAGACCAGGCUUACGACAACGCUGACAAGGAGAGGAGAUCUUCUCUAAAGGCGCUUCUCAAGCAACGUGGCCGUGGCAAUCCUGCUCCUCUGCAUCUCACGCAGUGGCCUUUGGUAUUCAAGAUAUGGUUUGAGAGCGUCUCGACCAGCUUCUUAUGGGACAUCAUGUGGUUGACGUUCUACUUUGUCUUUGGCGUCGCCGGCCUUUGGAAAUUCUACAUUUACGCGCACGCAGAGCACGCCAAGAUGAAGCCCAACUUUGGACAGCUGGUGCCUCUGAUCCUUGUUGGCCUCCCCUUUUUAGCCGCAUGGGAGGCAUAUUCGUCCACUGUUACGCCGGCACAGCCUCAGUCGGAAUCGUCUUCAACUAUCACACCAGCCGACAAUUACCAAUCGAAUGAAAGCCAGGAGGUUUCAAGUGAUAGUGGCGGGGACGAGAUGGUAAACUUUUCCGACACUCGCGCAAGGAACGAAGGGGCCCUGAAGGUUGUUGCCAAAGACCUUCACAUCUCACUCAAGUGGUUAAAGAUUUCCACUUGGGUUUAUGCCUUGGCGCUACCAGUCUGGGCUCUCAUGUUUGCAGACGUGAUCCCUGGCGCCUUUUACGUCUCCCUCGUAGCCGGUUUCCUAUACCUGUUAGUCGGGCUCGCUUCGUGGUGUUCGGCCGCAUGGACUGUGAUUUCUCAGUGA